AUGAAGUUUGGAGUUCCGAUCUUGUCCUUCGCUUUCUUCUGCACACCUUUAGCUCUUUGCUGGCAACCUGCACCUCUUUGGUCAUCAACGAAUUCCAGACUCUUCACGUUCAAGAAAUCAGUGCGAAGGGAUGCAUGUAUCACAUUCAUUCGCUCUUCUUUGGAAUCAAGCUCGGCAUUAAAGCAUAUAGACCAGAUCGUCAAAGCUGUUCCGGUUCAACCGCGAGCAGUGUAUUUCUACGAUUUUCUUGAGGAUGGCAGAUCAAGUUUCUCAGAGAAGAACUGGAUGAUGGAGGUCGAGGACAAAGAAUUUUCAAACGAGGAGGCAGGGAGAUGGGAGUCGUUCUUCUUGAAGGACGUUGGUGUUGUCCGUACGCGCAAGUCGCAUCCGGCGGACGGCGGCCUCGGGCAUGUUGUGUGGAACAGUGCUCGGGUAUUAUCUGCCCUUCUCUUGAACGAAGAUUCAGACAUGAAGACCAACUUCGAUGGCAAGAGAGUCCUUGAGCUCGGAGCAGGCGCAGGGCUGAUGGGCCUCUCCAUCGCCAGGAAGCACCCUGAGGCUUCGGUGGACUUGACCGACUACCUGCCGUGCCUUGUUGAUAACAUCCGGGAGGUUUCCGAGAGGGAGAGCAUGGAGAACAUCGAUGCCUGGGUCUUGGAUUGGAAGAAUGGGCUGAUUCCCGAAUGGAUUCCUCCGAGGACUUGUUAUGACGUGAUCAUAGCGACUGAUUGCAUCUAUCAUCACAUCCCCGCGGAUUUCACAGCAACGGUCCUGAAAUUCAUCGAGCACAACCCCAAUGCAAGGAUCUUGAUCUCAUCUCCAAGCAACCGAAACGGAAUUCCUCUCGUGGUUGAUCGUCUUCAGAUGAUUGAGGACAGGCAAGUAGAAGUUCGUCAGCUGCAGAUGAUAGGCUAUCAAGUCAUCCCCGCUGUUAGCGAGGACGCCUCUGAUAUCCGAUUCAAAAAGUUUGUUGAUCACUCAAAUUUCACGCUCAUAGACAUCCAGUGA